ACUGGAUCCUCUUUAGCAUUGUCAUACCUAAAAUGGCAGCAACCAAGGUAAGCUUGAAGCUUUUGAUAGACAAAAAGAGCCAGCGUGUGCUCUUUGCUGAAGCAGACAAGAAAUUUGUUGAUUUCCUCUUUAGCAUUUCCACUCUGCCGGUCGGAACUGUCACUAAGCUCUUACAGAAGCAAAACACGUUAGGCUGCUUGUCUAGCUUGUACGAGAGCAUAGAGAAUCUGAGUGAUAUAUAUUACAUUCAGCCAGACCAAGACAAACAGUUUCUGCUAAAUCCAAAAGUGGCCAUUUCUGGUGCUGAAAUCCCUCUCCUCUUGCCAAGCGUUGUGCAGUCAAGUUCAUCCAGGAAAUUUUAUAGGUGUAAAGGCAACCACGCGUUCGGCCACGUGUCUCAUGACCAGAGAUCAAUUUGUCCUGCGUGCAAGAGUUCAAUGACCAGCGAGGUAAGUUACGUUGACCCACCAAGCGAUAUCAAGGCAUCGACCUCCUCUAUUAAUGAGGGAGGUUACGUGAAAGGGGUGAUUACUUACAUGGUAAUGGAUGAUCUGGACGUGAAGCCCAUGUCCACCAUCUCUGCUAUCACUUUACUUGGCAAAUUUGAUGUCAGGGACGUAGGGGCUGUUGUGGAGAAGGUGGUCGAUUUCGGCAUGGAUGAGGCUGUGAGAUUGCUCGUGGCUUCUUUCAAAUCGAAGACUGUUCUAACUGAUGUCUUCCUUCGGAAGGAUGUGAACCAUACUGUCAAGGACUGUACGACAUGCUUUAUCAAAUUAAUUAGUAAACUCACUCUAAAAUAGAGUGAGUCGCCGUAGACGUGAAAUUGAUAAAUAACCAAUCGGUUUCAGUAUAAGAAGCCUAAAAGAGAGAGCAGAAAAAUUUGGGCGCAGCCCAACUAUGUGACUGUUGGGGCCAUUAGGCAUUCUGAUGCAGAAAAUAAAGAGUUGUGUCGUGGUGUGUCACCUGUUAAUGUGCAGUCUACUAUUUCUACUACCAACAACAACAUGCUCUGUUAUCAAAGGUUUGGAUUAGUUCAGCGCGCAAAUCAUCAAGGAUUACAUUUCUGAUGGCAAGAUGAAUACCUUUGAAGAAUGAAGACAAAUGGAGUAUAUUGUUAUCAAGUGUCUUUUAUCUCCUUAUCUUUUAGUUGUUUUAUUAACUUGUUGUUCAGUUCUAGUUCAAGUCCAACUCUGUUUUAAAGUUCAACUCUGUCAGAGUUCAAAUUGCAACGUUGUUUUAUGUUAUCUAAUAAAUUCUCAGCCUUAUAUAAGGGGAUGUAACGUAAUGAUUAACAAUUAAUUAGGAGUUAUAUUUUUCUGAACUA